UACCGGCGUCGACGCUACCUCUGCUGCCGCCGCCGCCGCCGCCGCCGCCAUUUUGACGGCGGAAAGAGCGAGGGUCUGGGACAGCUGGAGGCGGCGGCGGUAACUGGUACGGAUGGUUUCCGCCCGCGUUAGCCCCUCCAAGUUCGCCGGUCUUGGGGCCACAGCACUCGGAAUAACUUUACGAAAGGAAAGGUAUUUUGCACCCUCUCUCCCCGCUGGAAAUGGCCACUGUGCUGUGUAAUAGAGCCAGACUAGUUUCCUAUCUCCCAGGAUUUUGCUCUUUAGUUAAAAGGGUUGUCAAUCCCAAAGCCUUUUCAACUGCAGGAUCUUCAGGUUCUGAUGAGUCUCAUGUGGCCACUACACCUCCAGAUAUAUGUCUCAAUGAGAUGCUACACUCUUUUCUCGAAUCCAGCUCUCGAACAGUAUGGCCUGAUGAAACUAUGGGCCCAUUUGGACCUCAGGAUCAGAGAUUCCAGCUUCCUGGGAACAUAGGUUUUGAUUGUCACCUCAAUGGGACUGUGUCACAGAAGAAAAGCCAGGUUCAUAAAACUUUACCUGAUGUUCUAGCAGAACCUUUAUCAAGUGAAAGACACGAGUUUGUGAUGGCACAAUAUGUGAAUGAAUUUCAGGGUAAUAAUGCACCUGUUGAACAAGAAAUCAACAGUGCAGAAACUUACUUUGAAAAUGCCAAAGUAGAGUGUGCAAUCCAAACAUGUCCAGAAUUGCUGCGAAGAGAUUUUGAGUCACUGUUUCCAGAAGUAGCCACCAACAAACUAAUGAUUCUGACUAUAACACAGAAAACCAAGAAUGAUAUGACUGUUUGGAGCGAAGAGGUAGAAAAUGAAAGAGAAAUGCUUUUAGAAAAGUUCAUUAAUGGUGCUAAGGAAAUUUGCUACGCUCUUCGAGCUGAAGGCUAUUGGGCUGACUUUAUUGACCCAUCAUCUGGUUUGGCAUUUUUUGGAUCAUAUACAAACAACACUCUUUUUGAAACAGAUGAACGCUAUCGACAUUUAGGAUUCUCUGUGGAUGAUCUUGGCUGCUGUAAAGUGAUUCGUCAUAGUCUCUGGGGUACCCAUGUGUUUGUGGGAAGUAUCUUCACUAAUGCAACACCAGAUAGCCAUAUUAUGAAGAAAUUAGGUGGAAACUAACAGCAGUGUCAGCUUACUGGCAGUACUAUUUGUACAUAACAUUUGGGUUGAUCUGUAAACACUCAAAAGCUUAAAUUUUUAAAAUUUACUUAUUUCUGGGUAUUUAUUUCAACAUUUAUGGGUUUACAGCAUUGGCAAGUGGUUUGUGAUUUUUAAAUCUCAAAUGUUCAUUCAUAUUAUCAUUGAGUACAUGUUGAUCACAUCCAUGGAUGUGGUAAUUAACAUGUAAUCAGGACAUGAUCUCAUAUUGUUAUUUCUUCCCUUUAUUGGAAAAACCUGUUA